AUGUUGAAGAGGCCAAGGCCGGGCGGUGGCCGUCAUCCGCCACCGUUGGCUCCGACAGUGAGCAGUUUCAAGCCGAGAGCUCAAUGGAGUAACGCCGGAUCUUCCAUUUUCCUCUACGUCAAUCUCCCUGGGUUUUAUAGGGACCAAAUAGAAAUAAAGAAGGAUGAGAGGACACGGACUAUUCAGAUUCAGGGACAGCGACCGCUCUCUACUCAGACUAAGGCUCGUUUCACUGAAACUUACCGUGUUCCUGAGUCGUGUGAUAUGAACAAAUUGAACACCUCCUUCUCACAUGGACUCUUGACGAUCGAGUUUCCGGCGGUCGUCGAAAGUGAGAAACCGGAUAAAACAGUCCAAGAUCAAGGGAAGACUGUACAGAGGCCUUAUCAGGAAGAAAGUAGAGGGCCUGUUCUUAAUGAGAGUAGCUUGGGACGAAAGAAACCUUCGGACGAGGAGAAACAAGUGGGGAAAAGUCAAGAGAGAUCUGCUCCAGUGGCGAAUAAAGAAGAACCCAAAACGUAUAAAUCAGUGGUUGAGGGUAAGAGAGCAGCGCCAACGGGUAGUCGAGAGAAGUCUGAACAGAAAGUGAAAGAGGGAGAAACAAGCCCUAGCUUGGCGCGUAAGGAACGUGCGAAAGAAGAGAAGGUGGUUGAGAGAAAGGAGGCUGCUCAAAUGGGUCAGCAAAAGACUGGACAUAAGUUGAAGGAGGAAGAUGUUAGAAGCACACCAACCCUUGGUGGUAGCUUGAAAGCUAAGGUACUUGCAAAAGAAGAGAAAGUAAUUGAAAGAAAGAAAGAUGCUGACAUAGGUCAGAAAAAGACUAGACAGAAGGUGGAGGAAGGGACUACUAGAACACCGAUCAUUGGUGGUAGCUUGGAACCCAAGGUACAUGCUAAAGCAGAGAAAGUAGUUGAUAAAAAGGGAAAUGGCGAAACAGGCCAGAAGCUGAAAGAGGAGAAACACACAAAACCUGUUGUUGGUGAUGAGGCAAGAAAAACAGAGAAGGAAAUUGCUGCGACGAACAGAGCAGAGGCUGGGCUGAAAACGAAAGAGAAAGUUGAAAGAAUAGCAGGGGAUGUUAAAGGAAACGUGAAAAGCAAGCAAGAUGAGAAGAUGAUUAGAGACAAAGUAAGUGAAGGAGUGGUUAAAGAGAGAUCGAAUCAAAAGAAGGUAGAAGAAGCCGGCUUAGUCAAAGAAACAGGAGACCUGAAUGAUAAUCCUGAAAUCGUGGGACCAAGAAGGGAAGAUUCUGGUGGUGAAGAAUCAACCCAAGGAGGUAAAGUUAGAGAGAAGAUGGUUGAAAAGAUUCCAGAAUCAGAAACCGGUCCGUUACUAGUCGAAGAAGGAAAGAAGAAGACAGUGAUGGUUCCUUCUCCUGAGAGUCAGAAAUAUGACUUUACUUUGAUUAACGUUGGAGUAGCUGCUCUUGUGAUUAUGGGGUUUGGUGCUUACGUCUUCGUACCACUUGUAAAACUGUUCAACUGA